AUGAUUGCAACUAAUCUUGUCCGCCGAGUGGUGCCAACUUGGCGUCGCCAUGGUCGCUCUGCUGUCAACAAUUAUCGAACCAUGUCUUCUGGGAGUGUUGAUUUCUCUAGUGCUGAGAAUACCAAUGCCUUUGCCGAUCAUUGCGAUUUGAAUUUGGCUUACAGUCCAUACCCUCCCGUCCCAGAAGGACCAUACGAGCCUCUGGCAGAAUUUGUUAUGCAGGAUUGGAAGGGACACAACCCCAACGGCGGAUUUUUGGGCGAACAAAUCGCUAUCCGAGACACUGCCACUUCCAUGACACGUUCCUUUGAUGACUACUACAAUAUUGCUACUCAAGUCGGAGCUGUUCUCCUGGACGAUUAUGCCAUUGAAGAAGAUCAAUGCGUGGCCUUGUACUGUCCGAACCAUUGUGACUACUUGCCCAUUUCUCUGGCAGUUGCCCUUUGUGGAUCCAAGCUCACUCCCAUUAACCCACUGUAUACACGUUCAGAGCUAUCCACCGUGCUGCAAAAGUCACGUUCCAAGGUCCUGUUCGUCCACGUAUCUAAGCUCGACGUCGCACUUGAGUCUGUUCAGCAGGAUUGUCCAGGAAUUGAAAAGAUUGUUGUGAUUACUGAUGAGGCAAGCGAAGGGAUUCCGGAAGGAACCGUCAAUUUGAAAGAUUUACUCGACAACCCAGACAAAAGACUGACCAAAACGCGUCGAGUUAUGCAUAAACACACCAAAACCCAUCCCUACCUGCUACCCUACAGCUCGGGCACCACUGGCCAACCAAAGGGCGUAUGUUUGACCCACGAAAACAUGGUGGUAAAUCUACUUCAGUUUCACGAAAUUGAAGGGUUGGCUUUUGCGCCGGACCACAAGCUGAUUUCGCCUCUACCAUUUUUCCAUAUCUAUGCGUUUGAGCUAUCCAUGAUUCACACUGCUUGGAAGGGACAUGAGCUGAUCACAUCAUCAGGACGAUUUGAUUUGGAGGAAUUCUGCCAAACUGUUCAAGAACACAAACCGGAGAGAUCGCACCUUGUGCCUCCUAUCAUGUUGGGGCUGGGAAAGCAUCCAAUUGUCGACAAAUACGAUAUGUCGAGUUUGAAGACUAUCAUUAGCGCAGCUGCUCCCUUGGGAGAAGACAACGAGAACGCAGUCAAGAAACGCUUUGAUGGUAUCUGCGUCAAGCAAGGGUGGGGCAUGUCUGAAUUGAGCCCCUUGGGCACACUCAAUUCUGACUUCAACGCCAAGCCCGGGAGUGUCGGUCCGUUGUGUCCGAACACUUUUGGUAAGGUUGUUGGCGAAGACGGUAAGUCCCUGCCUCCAAACGAAAGUGGGGAACUACUCAUCAAGGGCCCCCAAGUCAUGAUGGGCUACUUGGAUGAUCACGACAAAACUGCCGAAUGUUUGAGUCACUCGGGGUGGCUCCGCACGGGCGACAUUGCCCAUUACGACGAAGACGGGUACUUUUACAUUACAGAUCGUAUCAAGGAACUGAUCAAAGUCCGUGGAUUCCAGGUUGCUCCUGCCGAAUUGGAGGCGCUGCUGCUAACGCACGAAGCCGUCAAUGAUGUGGCUGUGAUUCAAGUGCCGGACGAAGAAUCAGGUGAAGUGCCACGGGCCUAUGUGGUCUUGAAAGACACCCAUGCUAGUGUGACCGAUGAGGACAUCAAGGAAUGGGUAAAAGGGCUUGUGGCGCCAUACAAGCGAUUGGAAGGCGGCGUGAUUUUCACUGAUGUUAUUCCCAAAUCUGCAUCAGGCAAGAUCCUGCGUAGAAUUCUCCGAGACCAAGUCAAAGAAGAGUUUGCAUAG